AGCACAUCAAUUUUCCGAUUUUCCUCGUCGACACCGAAGCUCGAGUAUGAGGAGUUACUUUUUAGUUCGGUGGAAUGAUCCAAGAGAUACGGACGUGCUCUCAAAUAGUUGUUACCGUCUACUAAAUAAAGUGAGGACUUUUUUUUUAUCCCCACAGUGCAACUCACAUGAAACUUUCGUCGCCUAUUUCCGCAAUGAAAUAGUUUUCAACUGAAUUUCCACGCCCAGUGUCGACAGGAUUCUUUUAUCUUGAAAAAAAAAAAUUGAAUUAGUGAAUUUUGAAGCGAAAAUUGUGAAUUUCCUUUACUCAUCGCCGGGCAUUACAUUGUGUUUGAAAAUCAACGCAAUCUGCGGCGAUGUGGUGGAUAGUGUGAGCAAAUUAAAUGCCAUUUCAAGUGAAAUAAAUCCCUGUCAGCUGUGGACAGGCAAUCGAGGAAGGAAUCGGGUAGCAGCAAUGGACGACAUAUCUGCACAUACGAGGAUAAAUUACACAAAAACACGAAGUGCUUCAAUUUGUGCCCCUGCCAGUACUAGUCUCGAAAAUGUCCUCCUUCCACCAUCUGGCAGUGGUACACCUGAUAAUGGGACCCCGAGCUAUCGACGACGGCGACCGGCUACUCGAUCCCAAAGUGCCAGGAUCACCGGCCCUAGAUCCGUGAAACGAAAGACACAACCACAGCCUAGCAACCUUCAGGAGACCAGCAGAUCACACUGCACGAGUGAACCUAGACUCAAUGAUACAGAAACUCCUCCACAGAGAAGAAGAGGAUCCCAAAGGAGGCCAACGCAUACACAAAGUCAACGGAAACCGGCAACAUUUUUGGAUGUUCCUUCGAAUUUUCAGUACACGCAAGGUGAUGAUGAUGAUGACAAUUACAGACUACGGACAUUUAGCAGUACAAAAGGAGGUGUCAUCAAUCGUGGAGAUUCAUUUCGACGGAGACGCUCCAGGAGCAACAGUUUGGUGCCCACGAGUCCCAUUCACACACGCACAGAAGACGUCGUAACGACGUCCGCAAACGUGGAAACUUUCCAGGUAGCAAUGUUGGGAGCACCUGGCGUAGGAAAAGCUGCACUUGUAUCCCAAUUUCGCACAUCAGAGUGCAUAAAUGCUUACGAGGGACCAGAAUCUUUAGAGGAACAGAAUAUAUCAAUAAUUCUCAAUGGAAUAGAAUCGGAAUUGAAUUUUUUCACAUGGAACGGAAACAAGGAUGAACUGGAGAAAGCUGAUGCAUUUCUUGUGGUUUACUCCGUGGUGGACAAGGCCUCAUUUAGCCGCUGUGAGCAACUUAUUUCAAUGCUUCAAGAUAUGGACCUCGCGAGAUCUCGCGCUCUAAUCCUUGUAGGCAAUAAAAUUGAUUUGGCAAGAUCUAGAGCAGUCUCAGCACAAGAUGGAAAAUGUUUAGCAUGCACUUUUCGUGCAAAAUUCAUUGAAGUCUCCGUGGGUAUUAAUCACAAUGUCGAUGAAUUGCUGGCUGGGACACUGACACAAAUUCGUUUGAAAAAGGAACAUAAUUUAAUUCAGGGGUCCAGAGAAGGCUCUUCACCUCAUUGGUACAAGUCAAGAAGCGUUAUGAGAGCUAGUAUGAAGGCACGUCAAAUGAUCACAUGGAUUUUGGGAAAGGAAGAUUCAAAAUUUAAAAAUUGCGAAAAUCUCCAAAUUCUCUAAAGAACCUUCUAUGUAUGUAUGUUUGUACAUAGUAAUAAUAAUGAAAGUAAUUUAAAAAUUAUUAUCUUAAGUGUAAGUAAAUGCUAAUAACAAUAUGAAAAUUCUAUUUAAUAGGCAUUACAUAAAUUAAUAAAAAAAACAAUUAGAAUAUAAUAAAAUAAUUUAAAAGAAAGAAAAAAAAGAAAAUUGUGACAUGGAGGCGCUAUAGAAUGAUGCCAUUUAUAAUAGGUUUUGUGUUUAUUAUCCAUACACAUUUUCAUAAAUAUAAUAUAAAUAGAAAUAUUUCUAAUUCUUCCAUAAUAAAACAAGAAAAAAAAUGCGAUGAGAAAUAAUAGAUGAUCUUUUGGAAGAAAAUAUGUGGAUUAAUCCAAAAAUAAUAGGUUCCACGUAGAAUUUUCACAUCUUUAUAUAACUUAUAAUGAAACUUUUCCCAUUUUCCCUCGUCAAUAUUUGACACGAUUUCCUUCUCCAUCUCUUUUACUUCUUCCACAUUUAAGUAUAAUGUAAUCUCUAUUUGUACCUUUUUAUAUCAGUCUCCUCGUAAACAUAACCAUCCUCCAUCUCCCCCUUGAUGUCCUUUCCAGAUUCACAUGAAAUUAUUCAAUUUUCCAUACCCAUUUUCUCAAUUUACUUUCACAAAUCCACUCUUCCCAAGCGCAGCGUAAAUAUAUAUUUAUAUAUAACAUUCCUUCCAAUCAGCUAUUUUAUUUCAACAAUAGAAAAAGAAUCGUAAAAUGGAAUUUUAUUUGAAUUGCGAAACACACAGAAAUAACUUUGGAAUAGUAUCCUCCCUCCAGUACGUAGUUUUUUAAAAUAAUUGUAUUGUAUGAAUUUGAAUCAAAAGAAUGCAAACAAGAGACCAAUUUUAUCAACAAGGUUUCCCAUUUUCAUGCCACUAAUUCGCUAUAUAUAUUGAAAUUUCUAUUUAUUCCUUCUUAAAUAGUAAUGGAACAACAUGAAUAAGAACAUAAGGCAUAUAAUAUGGUGUGAGUCGCUCGCUAAGUAUCAUGAAUUGAAUAAUUAAUUUAAAAAAAGAAAAAAAUACGUAAAUUACUUAAAAAACAAACUUGAAAGAAUUAAACAGAAAUAGUAGGUACAUACAUCAGUCCAAUUUGUCCUAAUGUUUUAGCAAAAUUUUUUUUUUUUUGCAAAAUAGAGGCUAAUUUAAUUUCCUCAUAAAAUAUACAAGGUCCACAUCGUACUGACUCACAUCUGUAUAUUGCACAGCUUUUAGAGAACAUUUCUGACUUUGAUUCAUAAAAGAAAAUGCAAAGUGGAUGACUCCAAUUACUCUGUGAUGAAAAUAUGAACAAAGUUUUGGCGUUUAUUGGUAAAAUACUAAAAAGUUCUUGCUUAACAGUCACACGAGAAAACUUUUCAGCAAGUUCGACUAAAGCUACCUACAUAAAAAUUUAAAAGGAUUUUAAUUGAAGGAUUCGGUGAAAAUUUCACAGAGUUAAUAAAGUGCCUUUCCCACUUAAUUUUCUUCAAAUUAAAUCAUUAUUAAAACUUUAAUCAGCAUUCAAAAUUGAAUUGUGUGCGCGCACAAAGUGUCGCUGUGAGACGGUUGUUGGCUAAAUUGAAUUAACUUUGAGAAAUAUUUUGCAUGCUCUCUUCGAAAUCGAUAUUGAGCUUAUUUUCUCGACAACUUUUAUUGACAACCUUUUUAUCUCGCCUUUCCUCAAUUCGCCACUUCAGCUCAUUACCCCAUUUCGUGUGAUGAAAAGGCGGAUGUUACUUUAAGUGCGCUACUUCCUAUUGAAGUUUUUUCCCACACUUGAGCUUUUAUGGACGCAGCAGCACCAUGGGAAUCUUUCGAUUUAUGAGAAUAUAAACUUUGCUUUUAGCUAUAAAAUUUCUGAUAAAAAAAAUUUCCCAAAAUUACAAAAAAAAAGGAUUUUUUAUCAUUCUGAAAACAAAAGGGUUGCAAUAAAAUUUUGAAUUCAAAAUGAUACAUAUUCAUUUUUUCUAUAAAUAGUAUUUGAUAUCAAAUUCUAGCGAAAAUAAAAUAAUUCCCAUAUGCUCUCCUUUGUCUCCAUAAAAAUUUUCCGUGAUAUAUGACACCACAUAAGCCAAAAAAAAUGAUGUUGUGUACUUUCACAUAUGUAAAUAAUAAUCUCCUUCUUCAGCCACUUCUCAACUAUGUAUAAAUAAAACGUAGAUAGUUCUAUGAUAAAAUUCAUUUCAAUGUGUUAUAACAACCACAUUUUCCUGUCUCGUAAAUGUAAUAUGAAGGAAAAAAAAUCGUUGAGUAACAUUUUAAUAAAUAAUUCAUGAUUGUAAUAUUGCCGUGAUAACUCUAUAAAAUAGAUAGUGAUUAAGAUAAUAUGUUGAGAGUUGAGAGGAAAGUAUGAAUGAAAGGAUUUUUCCUUUUGAACAAAAAAGAAUAAAUACAUAAUGUGGAGAUGACGAAUUAAAUGAAGAAACAUUAAAGACGUUACAAAUGAAUUAGUGUGUGUGUGAUUGAGAAACUGAAUUAGUGUUAGUAAAGUGUGACGAGGAAGAAGUAGUAGUAGGCGAUGAACAUCAAAAGCAGGAAGAACAAAAUUUUUUUUGGUGAGUCAUUUUUCUAAAUAAAAAUCCUACUCUCUAUAUGGGGGCUCAACCGGGAUGGACAAUAGGACUUCCCGAUAGCCAUUAAAGACGAAGAUUGUGAAAGUGCGGUGAAAUUCGCGAAAAAACUGUGUAGAAAAGACGCGUCCGCCAUUGGAGCCCGAGUGCCCCAUUUGGGCGAAAAGUGUAGUGCGACUAUUUGCCGCUAGUGGACGAUUGGCGCGAGUGCGAAAGUAGCGAAGUAGCGCAGUGUCGCGAGUGUUUGCCGGUAGAGUGUGAGUGGCGCGUGUGUCGCGGUAUUGACAUUGACGUUUGCGAAAAGCAAAACAAACAAUAGACACAAUUUUGUGAAAAAGACGUGAAUUGAAUGAUUUUGCGAGAAAAAUCAAACAAAAUGACGACGUUUAAGUGGUUGAUGGAUCAUUUGACGCGGUGCACACUGCAGGAAGAGUGCACAAAGAGAAAUCUAUCAAACAAAGGUACAAAAGAUGCUUUGGCGAAGAGGUUGGCUGAUGCCAUGAGGAAGGCAAACGAGGAACCAACUCUUCAAAUCACUGCAAGGAAUGAGGUGUCUUGCAGCAAUGACGGCACAAAUACGGGAUUACAAGACGGAUCCCCGUGCAACCAUGACGAAGAUGUGGCAGCAAUACAGGUUGAGCAAAGCGGAUCGGAAGACGAUGAUUCUCAAAAUGAUGAGGAUGGAGAUGAUCACAAUGACGAAGAUCUCUCCAACGAUGACGCUCCUCGGAAUGCGAGAACCGGACGCAAAGCUUCAUCCAAUGUGGCCAAAAAGACGAAGACGCGUAAGUCCCAGAGACGCAAUGGGCAAUCCUCAGACGAUGAUGAUGAUGAUGAUUCGCUUUCGGGUGAAUCAACAAGAAGUGCAAGACGAAGACGAAUCACGGAAACCAAGACGUUCAAUUUCCGGGACAUUGAAGGAAGUUUGGAAGAAUUUAGCGGAAGUAAGAAGCAAGAUGUGAGGAUGUGGAUGAGUGAAUUUGAGGAUGUGGCCGACAUGGCUGGCUGGACAUCCCAACAGAAGAUUCUUAUUUGCCGAAAGAUGCUAAAGGGAACCGCAAAGAAUUUCAUUUUCGCAGAGAAGAGUGUGAAAUCGUGGCGCACAUUGAAGAAGAUGCUGCUGGAGGAAUUCGGCAGAAAGGUGAAUGAAGCUGAAAUUCAUAGAAGACUUGCGGGAAGGACGAAGAAGAAUGACGAGAGUUAUCUCGACUACGUGUAUGAAAUGCAGCGGAUCGGUAAGAUGGGCAAUUUGAGAGAUUCAGCCAUAAUUGAGUACAUUUGUGAUGGAGUUCCUGGUGACGCGAUGGAGAAAGUGAAUUUGUACGAAGCUGAUUCUAUUCGGGAACUCAAAGAGAAGCUCGAGAGGUACGAGAGACAAAAGGAGAAAUCUCAGAAGAGUAAGACGAAGCAUUCAGGUGAGAAAAAGAAUGAGAAGAAAGGCGGGAAAGAUGUGAAAGACGUACGAUGCUACAAUUGUGGAGAAAGAGGGCAUAAGAGUGAUGAGUGUCCUGACAAACAGCGUGGAAGAAAGUGUUUUAGCUGCGGAGAGUUUGGGCAUAGCUCACACGAUUGUACGAAGAAGCCAAAAGACGAUAAAAAGAAGAAA